UCUUCUUUUGCAUUUGAUUCAAAUACGCAUAAUCUUUCUGCCCAACAUCAAUUUAACAAUGGUUUGGAUUUUUUUCGCUGAAGAACACAAAGGGGAAGAUACACCUUCUGAAACUGGUAAUGGACGCACUUUGUAGGCUAAUUACUGGAGACCAACCCAAAAUGAAAUGCCACGCUAUUUUGACAUGAUCACUAAAUGACGUGAUCAGCUUUACAAUUUUGUAACGAAUUAAAGCUUAUUUUUUUUAAAGAGCGAUUCGUCGUUAAGGAAAGGGUUAAAGAGGUGCAGCAGUCGGUGCCGGUGUGCCGCUGAGAUCAUCUGGUUAGAGCGCGGAGAGCACUGGGGAGAGACGAGACUUUCCAGCGCGGCUGCGACUCCAAACACAGCAGCGCAUAACGCCGCCGUUGCUUUUCCCCAAUUCCGGCUGGGUGUAGACGCGCGAGGAGAGGCGGUGGGACAAAGACAAUCAGCGCAAGAAUGGCAAAGCGAUUGCACCUUGCCAGGCCGCUCGUCUCCACUUCCCCGGACUUCCCCUUUACGAACGUCACCAAGUAACGAUCGUGUCAGCCGUUAAACGACGAAACGGAUCUUUCUUUUAAAUUUACUAUUGGAAAAAAAAAGGACGUAAACAAACACUCGCCGCUCCCAAUCCUGAAACUGGAAACUGUCUCUCGAUAUCCCUCUGACCCUCGACUAAGUGGGGCUCAGUUACAGGGCGCUCGUCAUCCUCCUUCUGCCUGGCGAGUUCAUCACACCGCAAGUUUGGAAGUGUGCGCUUCAGUCGUGGAUUACUGUACUGACCCGUAUGGGGAGGGCGCAGUGACCCUUGGCGUGGAGCUCCGUGUAGAGGAUAGCUUGGCUUCCGAAAGUCUCCAAACUACGGUGGGGUGUAGGAAGCCAGGAUGCCGGUCCGAAGGGGGCACGUGGCACCGCAGAACACUUUCCUGGACACCAUCAUCCGGAAAUUCGACGGCCAGAGUCGCAAGUUCGUCAUCGCGAACGCGCGCGUGGAGAACUGCGCCAUCAUCUUCUGCAAUGACGGCUUCUGCGGGAUGUGUGGCUACACGCGCGCCGAGAUCAUGCAGAAGCCCUGCACCUGCAACUUCCUGUACGGGCCCCACACCAAGAGGCUUGCCAUCGCCCAGAUGGCCCAGGCCCUGCUGGGCUCCGAGGAGCGCAAGGUGGAGAUCUCCCUCUACAGGAAGGACGGUGUGUGCUUCCUGUGUCUGGUGGACGUGGUGCCGGUGAAGAACGAGGAUGGCCUGGUGAUAAUGUUCAUCCUGAACUUCGAGGUCAUGACUGACGAGAGAGUGCGAGACCCCAGCAGAACGCUCAACCACAAGCUGUCCCUCCCCUGGCUCUCCGCAGGUCGGCCUCGGGGAUUUAAGCUGCGCCUGCCCCUCCUGCGGUCUCUAAGCAACAGCAAGCAGUCCCUGCAGGAGGACCCAGAGGCGGGCCGCGGUCGGGAGCCCUCCCACCCCAGCCACGAGUCCCUGGCCCUGGACGACCUCCCGCCGGCCCCCGGGCCCGAGGACCCGCGGCUGGGCCCCCCGCCGCCCCCCUGGGCCCCGGAGGACCAGCGCACGCUCCUGCUGGAGGCCUCUCCCCGCCUGGGGCUGCCGCUGACCCAGUCCUCGCCCCGGCCGCACCGGCUCAACCCCGACGCGUCGGUGUCCAACUGCAGCCUGACGCACAGCCGGUCCCGCGAGAGCUUCCACAGCAUGAGGCGCGCCUCGUCCGUCGACGACAUCGAGGCCAUGAGGCCGGACUGGGACCGCCGCCGCACACGCCCCGGAAGCACAGGCGCUGUGAACCACAAGUCCAACAUCCUGAACUCUACCUCCGACUCGGACCUCAUGCGGUACCGCACCAUCAGCAAGAUCCCGCAGAUCACGCUCAACUUCGUGGACUUCAAACCGGACCCCCUCAUCGCCCUGCCCGCGGGCGAGAUGGACAUCAUCGCUCCCUGCAAGCUCAUCGACCGCACGCACAACGUCACCGAGAAAGUCACACAGGUGCUGUCUCUCGGGGCCGACGUCCUCCCGGAGUACAAGCUCCAGGCCCCACGCAUCCACCGAUGGACCGUGCUGCACUACAGCCCCUUCAAGGCGGUGUGGGACUGGCUGAUCCUGCUGCUGGUGAUCUACACGGCCAUCCUGACGCCGUACUCCGCCGCCUUCCUGCUCAGCGACCACGAGGAGGUGUCGCUGCACAACUGCAGCUACACCUGCAACACGCUGAGCGUGGUGGACCUGAUCGUGGACAUCAUGUUCAUCAUCGACAUCCUCAUCAACUUCCGCACCACCUACGUCAACGCCAACGACGAGGUGGUCAGCCACCCCUUCCGCAUCGCCGUGCACUACUUCAAGGGCUGGUUCCUCAUCGACAUGGUGGCCGCCAUCCCCUUCGACCUGCUCAUUUACCGUAAUGGAGAAGAGACGACCACUCUGAUUGGCCUGCUGAAGACGGCGCGGCUGCUGCGAUUGGUCCGCGUGGCGCGCAAGCUGGACCGCUACUCGGAGUACGGCGCGGCGGUGCUCUUCCUCCUCAUGUGCACCUUCGCGCUCAUCGCCCACUGGCUGGCCUGCAUCUGGUACGCCAUCGGCAGCAUGGAGCGCAACGGCUCCAUCGGCUGGCUGCACUCGCUGGGCGACCAGCUGGGCAAGCCCUACAACGUCACGGCGCGCAGCUCCGGGCCCUCCAUCAAGGACAAGUACGUCACCGCCCUGUACUUCACCUUCAGCAGCCUCACCAGCGUGGGCUUCGGCAACGUCUCGCCCAACACCAACUCCGAGAAGAUCUUCUCCAUCUGCGUCAUGCUCAUCGGCUCGCUGAUGUAUGCCAGUAUCUUCGGGAACGUGUCAGCGAUCAUCCAGCGGCUGUACUCCGGCACGGCGCGCUACCACACGCAGAUGCUGAGGGUCCGAGAGUUCAUCCGCUUCCACCAGAUCCCCAACCCGCUGCGGCAGCGCCUGGAGGAGUACUUUCAGCACGCCUGGUCCUACACCAACGGCAUCGACAUGAACGCUGUGCUGAAGGGCUUCCCCGAGUGCCUGCAGGCGGACAUCUGCCUGCACCUGAACCGCACGCUGCUGCAGAACUGCAAGGCCUUCAAGGGCUCGACCAAGGGCUGCCUGCGCGCGCUGGCCAUGAAGUUCAAGACCACGCACGCGCCGCCCGGGGACACGCUGGUGCACGCCGGCGACGUGCUGACCGCCAUCUACUUCAUCUCCCGCGGCUCCAUCGAGAUCCUGCGCGGCGACGUGGUGGUCGCCAUCCUGGGGAAGAACGACAUCUUCGGCGAGCCCAUCAACCUGUACGCUCGUCCGGGGAAGUCCAACGCGGACGUGCGGGCUCUGACCUACUGCGACCUGCACAAGAUCCAGCGCGAGGACGUCCUGGAGGUGCUGGACAUGUACCCCGAGUUCUGCGACCACUUCUGGAGCAACCUGGAGAUCACCUUCAACCUGCGCGACACCAACAUGAUCCCCGGGUCUCCCAGCAGUGAGGACACGGAGUGCGCCGGCUUCAACCGCCUGCGCCGCCGCAAGCUGUCCUUCCGCCGCAGGACCGAGAAAGAUGACGCGCACGCUGGCGAGAUCAGGAAGUCCCAGAAGCCCUUGCGGAAGGGCCGGAAGAGCGUGGCCAGCAGCCAGGGCGAGGGCCGGAAGGCGGAUUGGGAGCGGCCCCGGAACUCCGUCUCCUCCCCGUCCCACUCCAGCGGAGACGAGGGGGAGGAGUCCGUGCACACGUGCCCCGCCCCUCCGUCCGUCCUGACGGAGCUGUUCCAGGGACAGGCCACGCACCUGAACGCACACCUGGGCUUCAGCGACGCCCCGGAGGCCGAGGGGGACCCCAACACGGGCAACACCUGCAACGCGCUCUCAGGUGCCUUUUCAGGGGUCUCCAACAUCUUCAGCUUCUGGGGCGACAGCCGCGGCCGGCAGUACCAGGAGGUCCCCCGGAGCAACCUGCCCUCCUCCCCCCCGCCGAACGCCCCCAUCAGCCGCCGGCAGCGGUGCGAGGUGGAGAACAGGCUGGACCUGCUGCAGAAGCAGCUCAGCAGGCUGGAGACCCGCAUGUCGACGGACAUCGGCGCCAUCAUGCAGCUGCUGCAGAGACAGAUGGCCCUGGUGCCCCCCGCCUACAGCACCGUGACCUCCCCCCCAAACCCCUCCCCCUACCCCGAGCCUCAGCCCGGCUCCCCGCCGGAGUCCCAGGCCCUGGCCUCGCUGUCACAGAUCUUGGAGUCCCACCGGUUCGAGGAGAUUCCGCUGUCCAAGCCGUCCGGGUCUCUGCGGAGCAUAUCGGAGCAGCAGUCCACGGGCUCUCUCCUGUUGGCCCCCACAGACACGCGGCCCCUGGGCCCACUGGGCCCCGAGCCUCACCCGGGGCCGGCGCCGGGGCCCGGGCCGGGAGCGGCCGCCGCAAACCCAGAGUCCCAGCGGCGGUUCUCGCUGCAGGAGCCGCACACAUCACUGGACUCACGGACUCCACAGAGAUAUAGCUCAGACCCCGGGAGCUAG